AUGGUCUACGCCUUCACCCUUCCGACCACCUCUCAUCUCUCCUUUCAGAACUUCCUCUCAUCCAGCACACAUCCAUCCCUCCCGCAAGCAGCCACCACCGCCCGGCAUGCCCUGCGUCAGGCACUCAAAGCCCACAAGCGUCUACCCCGCGGCCCGCAACAAGACGCGCACCUAUCCACCCUCCUGACCACCCUCACUACCUACCUCCCCUAUCUCGAAGCCAUCUCCAGCGGUCUAAGCAGCAAGCCCAGCGACGCGACCAGCGAAGAGAUCGAGAUCACCCUGCACAGCGAAAUCGUCACCUUCUGGCGCCCGACUCUCACCACCGCACCCAGCACCACCCUAUCACUCAAACACCUCCCUACCUCCCCAUCCGCCUUUUCACCCAGCAGCGGAGGCGGAGGCGGCAGCAAAUUUCUCGGCGGCAGCGGCCACCGGAUCCGCGGCGAGGGCAUUGACUUCGAGAUUGCCUACGUGCUCACGACGCUGGGCUAUGUGCUCAGCCUGCUGGCGCACACGGGGCUGAUGCGGACGCUGUACGCCGCGACGACCCCGACGCCGGACCAACGCACCGCCGCCGUCCAAACGGCAACCCGAUACCUCCUGCAAGCCAGCGCCAUCCACAAUCUCCUCGCCUCAUCCCCUGCCUUCGCGACCGCCGCCCGCGCCAUUGCCGCGUCGACGUCGACAACAUCGACAUCCCCGCAAGCAGCCACCACCACCACUUCUACCGCAACAACCCCUUCCCUCCCUGACCUCGACCCAGGCACCCAAACCGCGCUCUCCGCCCUCGCCCUCGCAGAAGCCACCCUUCUCGCCGUCCUGAAGGAUGACUCCUACGUCUUCGCCUGCAUUCAGGCCCGGAAUCCCCGGGACAAGGAUUGGAUGGUGCGGGCGCCGGAGAUCCCCAAGGUGCGCGCGCACCUGUUUGCCCGCCUGUGUAUCCGGGCGGCCGAGUACGCGGAGCAAGCGGCGGCGGGGCUGGGGUCCGUCGUGGGGAAAACCGGGAAGACCGGUGCCAUUGAGGAGGAGCUGCUGGGGUACACGCGGGUGCUGGGACGGGUGGCGCGCGCCCGCGCGUGUCGGUUCUUCGGGGUUGAUGCGGAGUUGGCGGGGAAGAUCGGGGAGUCGAUCGCGUGGUUGCAGGCGGCCAAGGGGGCGCUGGGGGUGAGAAGCCGCGGUGGCGGCGGCGCGAAGACGGAGGCGGAGAAGGAGGUUGGGUCGAAGGGGGGUAGUAAGUUCUCCAGGUUCAAACAGGGGUUCAAGGAGAAACUCGAGGAGAAGAAGAUGGAGAAGGAUGCUGGGUCGCAGGGUGGUAGUGUUGAUAAGAAGGAGCUCGGGCCGGGAGACAAUGCGGGGAGAGACGAGGAGGGACGGGUGAUUGAGAUGUUGGAGACCAAGUGGGUGCGGAUGAACAAUACGAUUAACACCCAGUUGAUACCGCCGUCGGCGGAUCUGUUGGCGAAUUUACCUUCGGGUCGUGAUAUUCAUGCUCCGCCGGGUGCGUACCGGAUCCCCUCGCUGGACGAGGAGCAGCUGGUGCGCAUGCGUGCGCCGCCGGCGGAGGAUGAGUUUGGGCCGGGCAGCGAUGUCGAGGAGAGCGAUGAGGAGCCUGCUGGUGUGUCGAGGGUGUGGACGCCUGGGACCGUGCCGGGGCGGACGGAUAGUGCAUAUUAUUGA